GAGGCAGGUUCCGAGGCUGCAGCACCUGGCCGGGUCUGGGUGACAGUGGCCCGCAGCUCCCGCGCGGUUGUCCAGGACAAACCAGAAACAUGGGAAAACCAAUGGAAAUGUUUUAAAGUACUUCUCUUUAAUCACUUUUGUAUCCAGCUUCCUUUGAUCUGUGGAACUUAUUAUUUUACAGAGUAUUUUAAUAUACCUUAUGAUUGGGAAAGAAUGCCAAGAUGGUAUCUGCUCUUGGCAAGAUGCUUUGGCUGCGCAGUGAUUGAGGAUACCCGGCACUAUUUCCCGCAUAGGCUCUUCCAUCACGAAAGAAUAUAUAAAUAUAUUCAUAAAGUUCAUCAUGAGUUUCAGCCUCCAUUUGGAAUGGAAGCUGAAUAUGAACAUCCCUUGGAAACUCUGAUUCUUGGAACUGGAUUUUUCAUUGGAAUCAUGCUCUUAUGUGAUCACGUCAUUCUCCUUUGGGCAUGGGUGACUAUUCGUUUGAUAGAAACUAUUGAUGUCCAUAGUGGUUAUGACAUUCCUCUCAACCCUUUAAAUCUGAUCCCUUUCUGUGCUGGUUCUCGGCAUCAUGAUUUCCACCACAUGAACUUCAUCAGAAACUAUGCUUCAACAUUUACAUGGUGGGAUAGAAUUUUUGGAACAGACUCUCAAUUUAUUGCCUACAAGGAAAAGAUGAAGAAGAUUGAGAAAAAGACUGAAUAAAUAUCUAAACCUUCCUGAAUACACACACUUUCCUGAAUUGAAGCGAGUAGCUAACGUUGCUUCUGCGGAGCAGAAAUAAACAAGUGUCUUGGCUGUUAAGUGAUACAAAGAACAUUAACAACCUUUAAUUAUCUUCCUAGUGGGAACUUUUUCUACCUUACCUAAAAGUUCUGUAUGUGUAGAAAUAAGUAUAUAUUUAAGUACGAUUUUCAUGAGGAAGUUGUAAAGGCCUUGUUGCUAACCUUACAGAAGGGUUUUAAGUAAUGGAAAAAGUAUUACUUUCUGUCUUUCCCCCCAGUGAUACCAUAGGCUUGAAGUUGAAAUUGGUCUUUAAAAUCUUUUAAAUAUAUAGUGGCCAUUUCAGAAACUCUUAGUAGGGUGCUGGCCUCAUAUUGAACUUUAAACAUUUUUUAGAAUUUGCCUAAACAUCAAAGUAUCAUGGGUUGAACCAUAUCAAUUGACAGUGGGUGAGGCUGCCGAAUCAGGAAUAGCCAGUACCAAGAACUUUACUCUUGUCCUGAGCUGACCGGUUUGGGGUGAGUCUCUUUCUUUGAGAAGUCUUUUAGGAUUGCACUGUACUACUGAUAUCUAUAAAUUAAGGCAUUUCUGAAUGGUUGUAAGUGGAAUUUUUAGUCCAAAGGUUUUCGGGUUACUUGAAUUUUUUUAAAAAUUGAGCUUUAUUUCUGCUAUUUACCCUUUCCUUUUUGUAUUUCAAGUUUUCAUUAUACUUAAAACUAUCUUGAAACGUGAACUGACUUGCUGUAUUUGCACUUUGAACUAUUGAAAUAAAUGUGAUUUUUUUUUUGUCUGGAAAAAAAAAAAAAGAAAGAAAGAAAACAACCUCCCCCCUCAACUACCUGCCUGUGCCAGGAAGAGAACUAUUAACAGAGAUUCCUCUUUACCUAAGAAACUUAUCUGCAGAACAGGGCAACCUUUAUUUUCCAAACAUCUCUCACCUUCCUGCUAAUGGUCUUCCUUUCCUUUGUAUACCCAGACCUCUACCCCUCUCCUUAGCUCAGAUAAACUUCAUGUUGCCUGACUGUGGAAUUCCAUGUCUAUGUGGAUUCCCUAUACCUUUAAAGGUAAAUUUGAUUUUCUGUGUGGAUUCUGUAUACCUAUGAAGGUAGAUUUUAUUUUCUUCCUAUACCUAUGAAGGUAAAUUUUAUUUUCUCCUGUUAAUCUGUUUCAUGUCAAUUUGACUCUCUUAGUCCAUCUAGAAGGACCUUGAGGAGUAACAGAAAUUUAUUUUCCCCCAACAAAUCUCAAAAACAUUCUUUUCAGGGAAAGAAGCCAACACAAAAAAAUGUAUACUAUAUAAUUUCAUUUAUAUAAAUUCUAGAACAAAUAAAACCAGUCUAUGCUGAUAGAACUCGGAACAAUGGUUGCCUGGAGGAAGGAAUUGACUACAAAGAGGUACAGGGGAAUUUUCUGGAGUUAUGUAAAUGUUCUAUAUUUUGAUUGUGGAAAUGGUAGCACAUGUAUAUAUGUUCAUUAAAACUCAUUGAACUGGGGCACCUGGGUGUCUCAGUCAGUUAAGCAUCCAACUCGUGAUUUUGGCUCAGGUCCUGAUCUCAUGGGUCUUGGGAUUGAGUCCCACGUUCAGCUCUGCACUCAGUGGGGAGUCUGCUUGAGGUUCUCUCUCUGCUCCUCCCCCAUCUCACUCUCUCUCUCAAAUAUAUAAAUCUUAAAAAAAACCUCAUCGAACUGCACACUUAAAAUCUGUGCAUUUUAUUCUAAACAUUACUCCUCAAUAAAGUUUAUUUUAAAAAUAAUACUACUAGAAACAUAUAGGAGUCAUUUUUUAAAAAAGAUUUUAUUUAUUUAUUUGAGAGCGUGAGAGAAAGAGAGACUGAGCACAGGGAGAGGGAGAGGAAGAGGGAUGAGCACACUCCCUGCUGAGUGUGGAGCCCGACAGGGGGCUGGAUCCCAGGACCCUGAGAUCAUGACCUGAGCUGAAAUCAAGCUUGGGACACUUAACUGACUGAGCCACCCAGGUGCCCUGGUACAUACACAGUUUUGUCCAUAUCACAUAUGCGUACAUUUUGUGCCGGCUCCAGAUACGCACGGUAUACCCAGACAUGGAACUCUUCUGUCUUAGAGUUUGCAGAUGUUUGUUUUACAAGAUAACGUGAGACUGAUCUUCAGAACAAUUUUACCAACUGGCACUAGCAGUGUGUAAGAGUUCCUGUUGAUCUACAUCUUCAUUAGCACUUGGUAUUUUCUGACUUCUUAAUUUUUCCAAUAGGUAGUGGGUAAGAAUGUUACCUCACUAUGGUCUUAUUUUAAAUUUUAAAUUUUGAUUAGUAAUAUGGUGGAAUAUUUUUUCCCACUUAUUGACGAUUUGUGUUUUCUCUAAAGUUACAGUUCAAGUAUUCUAUUUGUCUACUAUUUCUCAUUGACUUUGUAGAAGUUCUACAUGUUGUUAACCUUUAUUUAUUUAUUUAUUGAGAGAAAGCGAGUGCACAUGUGAGUGGGGGCAAUUGGGGGGGAGAGGGGAAGAGAGAAUCCCAAGCUGGCUCCAUGCCCAGUGUGGAGCCUGAUGAGGGGCUUGCCCUCAUGCCCCUGAGAUCAUGCCCUGAGCCAAAAUCAAGAGGCAGAUGCUUAAAGCAACUGAGCCACCCAGGUACCCCCAUGUUGUUAACCUUAAAAAUAAAACUUCCAGUUAUUUUUUUUUACCAAAAGAUGAGUUUUUUCAGCAGUAGCAAAGAAUUGUGAUCUGAGACAAGCUAGCUAUGGCAAAGUGCAUAGCCAAGCCCAACAAACAAAGGAGAGGUAAGCUCUUUUAUAGAGGAAAGGGAGAAGUUGGGAAGGCUGUUAUAAACAAAAAGUCCAUUAACAUUAAUUGGGAAUGGGAAGUAUAGUAGUUUUUCAUUGGCUGAGUUCUGACAGUCUCUCAUGAGCUGGGCUGUUGCUAGGGAAGGAAGAUAAGCCUUUCUAACUCCUGCGGGGAUAAUAAAGUAGUAUCCACCUGCAAAGUCCCUCUCUUCCUUUGGGUCUGAAAUUGACGAGUGGUAGGGCAUGAGAGCUCCCCCUACAGAACCUUCUGACUCCAUUUUAGUAGUUUCCCCUUAAUGUUCACAAUAUAUUCUGGAUUCUUGAUCUUUGUCCGUUAUAUGUGCCAAAAAUAUCUCCUUUCUGUGAUUUGUCUUUUCAGCCCUCCCUUUUCUAAUCUUUAUUUUUUAUUAUUUUUUUCCAGUUUUAUUGAAAACUAAUUGACAUACAUUACUGUAUAAGUUUAAGGUGUAUAACAUGAUGGUUUGGUUUAUAUAUAUCGUGAAAUGAUUACUGCAAUAUG